UGAAUGCAUUUUGCAACUUCUUUGGACACACACACCACUUGCAUUUUCUACUACUUCAGUUCUUCUACUGUUCAUUUCCUUCAUUCUCCAUCUUUUAUUUCUAUAUAUUAUUCCCUGUCUCAUCAUAACUGACCUCAUCUUUGCUUCUGAGUCAUUCUCACUUUUCCUUCUCUUUCAGCCAUGAACCCAUCUGAAGAAUUUCUGGAACAUGGAAUGUCUCAGCAGAAUUUAAAGAGAACUUCCUGUGCAACUGUGCUCACUCUGGCUUACCAAAGUCUUGGAAUAGUUUAUGGUGACCUCAGUACUUCUCCUCUUUAUGUUUACAAGACCACAUUUUCAGGGAAAUUGAGACUCAAAGAAAAUGAUGAGGAGAUUUUUGGCGUGCUUUCGCUUAUCAUCUGGACAUUUACCAUCACUGCUCUCUUCAAAUAUGUUUUCAUUGUGAUGUCUGCUGAUGAUAAUGGAGAAGGAGGAACUUUUGCAUUAUACUCACUUCUCUGCCGGCAUGCAAAACUAAGUAUCUUACCUAAUCAGCAAGCUACGGAUGAGAAAUUAUCUGCUUAUACCACACAAGAUUCUGAAGAAACAUGGCUUUCUUCUCAUUUGAAGUUGUUCAUUGAAAAGCACCCAAGGUUCCAAAAAGGACUGUUGAUCUUUGUUCUGCUAGGAACCUGUAUGACAAUUGGUGAUGGUGUGAUUACACCUGCAAUAUCAGUUUUUUCAGCAGUUUCUGGAGUUCAAGUUAAGAUCAAAGAACUCCAUGACAAUUAUGUUGUCAUAAUCUCGUGUGUCAUUUUAGUGGUACUUUUCUCCAUUCAACAUCAUGGGACACAUAGAGUUGCUUUCAUGUUUGCCCCAGUAGUUGCUGCAUGGCUUUUGUGUAUAAGUGGUAUUGGUAUCUACAACAUAUUCCACUGGAACCGGCAAAUAUACCGUGCACUUUCUCCAUUCUACAUGUUGAAGUUCCUCAAAACCACUGGCCUUGAAGGUUGGAUGUCACUAGGUGGAGUUGUGCUUUCAAUCACAGGAGUGGAGGCAAUGUAUGCUGCUUUGGGUCAUUUUUCUGCACUCUCAAUAAAGGUAGCUUUCACAUGUCUAGUGUAUCCGUGCCUGAUUUUUGCAUACAUGGGAGAGGCUGCAUUUCUCUCUAAGCAUCAUCAUGCUAUUCAGGACAGUUUCUACAAAGCCAUACCAGAAACUGUAUUUUGGCCAGUUUUCAUAGUUGCAACUUUUGCGGCCAUUGUUGGAAGUCAAGCAGUGAUUUCUGCCACCUUUUCCAUUGUAAGCCAGUGUUGCGCAUUGAAUUGUUUUCCUCCGGUUAAGAUUGUUCACACUUCAAGCAGAAUAUAUGGACAGAUUUAUGUCCCAGAAGUGAAUUGGAUACUAAUGUGUCUUUGUUUAGCUGUCACAAUUGGCCUUAGGGAUAUAGACAUGAUGGGUCAUGCAUAUGGGCUGGCUAUAACCACUGUAAUGUUUGUGACAACAUGCUUGAUGACACUAGUAAUGGUCAUUGUUUGGAAGCAGGGAAUAAUAAAAGCCAUUAUAUUUUUGGUACUGUUUGGAUCAAUUGAACUGCUUUACAUCUCAGCUUCUUACUGCAAAAUACCUGAAGGAGGAUGGAUCCCCCUUGUGCUAUCUUUUGCUUUUAUGAGUGUAAUGUUCACAUGGAACUAUGGAACAAUGAAGAAACAUGAAUUUGAUGUGGAGAAUAAGGUUUCAAUGAGCAAGAUACUGUCCUUAGGACCUUGCUUAGGCAUGGUCCGUGUCCCAGGAAUAGGAAUCAUUUUCAGUAAUCUGGCUUCAGGUGUCCCUGCUAUUUUUGGUCACUUUGUCACAAACUUGCCAGCAUUCCAUCAGGUGUUAGUUUUUGUUUGUGUCAAAUCAGUUCAAGUCCCUUGUGUCAGUGACAAUGAACGGUUGAUCAUUAGCAGAAUUGGCCCAAAGGAGUACCGAAUGUUCUGUUGCAUUGUCAGGUAUGGUUACAAAGAUCUGCAACAAGAAAACUACAAUUUUGAGAAUAAACUGGUAAGUGCAAUAAUCCAAUUUGUAGAAAUAGAAGAGAGUGAUCCUGCACCAACCCCAGAAGAAUUGUGUAUGGAUGGUGGAAACUUAAGUAUGGAACACCUUGCUGUUUCACCACACACUUUGAAUAAUUCAUGUUACAUAGAGAAAAGCUUCCCAUUUUCAUGUGUUUUACGUGUGAAGAAGAAUGAAAAUGAUCAUCUCCAAGAGUCUCCUUAUAAAGAUGAAUCUAUGCAGAUUUUAAGAGCGAAGGAGUCUGGUGUUACCUAUAUACUUGGUCAUUCCUAUGCAGAGGCAAAGAAAUCAUCCUCUAUUCUAAAGAAAUUUGCCAUUGAUGUUGUUUACGCUUUUCUGAGCAAAAAUUGCAGAGACCCUGAUGUUUACUUGAACGUAGCACAUACUUCUCUGCUAGAAGUUGGUAUGGUUUACCAUGUCUAGCUCUAACAAUUUCAAUUUGCUUAUAAGAACAUAGUCAUUUUUGUAAAUGUUGUUGGUUAAGAAAACAUUGACAGUGACUUCUGCAAAGAUGUUAUCCAGAUGUAUCAGUUGUAGAUUUUACACCAUUGAACUCUAGGUGUUCAUGAUUCUGUAUCUAAGAAACCAAUUUAAAAAUUUGUUUCAUACAAGAAAA